GCGUUCAGUUGGCGGUUUGCAUUUGCGCGUUGCGGACGUCUCUCUCCUUCGGUCUGUCUCUCUCACAGCUCAAUUUGGCCAAGUGUCAUCAGUGUAUCGGUACAUUCGGUGUGGAGACUUCAAGAUGCUGCAGCAUUGUCUGAUUGCAGCGCUGCUGAUCGCUGUCGGCGUUCAUGCUCAAAACAAGGAGAAGGAGGAAUUCACGUGCCCCUCCCACAUUGCCAAUGGCAACUAUGCGGAUCCAGCGACCUGUCGCCGCUUCUAUCAGUGCGUCGAUGGCUUCGCCUAUUUGAAUCGCUGUCCCUCUGGCCUCUACUUCGACGAUCUGCAAAAGUUCUGCACGUUUAAGGACGAAGCCAAGUGCGGACCGCUGCCAACAACACCAGCGCCAGCAACGGAUGCGCCCGCAGACACCGCUCAGCGUUGCGACACAGAGGCCUGCCAGCUGCCCUACUGUUUCUGCUCCAAGGAUGGCACCCAAAUACCCGGCGACCUCGAGGCCGAAAAGAUCCCGCAAAUUAUAAUGCUAACUUUUGAUGGUGCCGUCAACUUGAACAAUUACGAUCAUUAUCAGAAAAUAUUCAAUGGCAAACGCAAGAAUCCCAAUGGCUGCAACAUUCGCGGCACAUUCUUCCUGUCGCACGAGUACAGCAACUAUCAACAGAUCCAGCAUCUGGGCUUUGCCGGUCACGAAAUUGCAACCGAGAGCGUCUCACAGCAGCUGGGGCUCCAGGACAAGGGCUACGAGGAGUGGGUCGGCGAAAUGAUUGGCAUGCGUGAAAUUCUACGUCAUUUUGCGAAUGUGUCCGUGAACGAUGUGGUUGGCAUGCGUGCUCCGUUCCUCAAGCCUGGACGCAAUACCCAAUACAAGGUGCUGGAAGACUUCGGCUACAUCUACGACAGCUCGAUAACUGUGCCGCCAGUGCCAGUGCCCGUCUGGCCCUACACGCUGGACUAUAAGAUCUCGCACGAGUGCAAGAGCGGCACCUGCCCCUCGCGCACUUUCCCAGGCGUCUGGGAGGUGCCACUGAAUACGCAUUAUGUGGAGGGCUUCGAGGGCGGCCACUGUCCCUAUAUGGAUCAGUGUGUACUGCACAAUCUGGACGAGAACGAGGUGUUCGACUGGCUGCAGGAGGACUUUUCGCGCUACUACGAACAGAACAAGGCGCCAUACAUGAUGCCCUUCCAUACCAAUUGGUUCCAGACCAAGCCGCUGGAAAAUGGACUACACAAAUUCUUAGACUGGGCGCUCGAGCUACCCGACGUCUACAUCCUGACCGUCACCCAGAUGCUGCAAUAUAUGACCGAGCCCAAGGAGCUACGCGAUGUCAACCAGAUCGAGUCGUGGAAGUGUGACAAGAGCGUCGCCGUUGCGUCCAAGCCGUGCAACAUUUGGCAAACUUGCGCGUUGCCCUUCAAGAUACCCGAACAGAAUCUGACAGAUACUCGCUACAUGGAGACGUGCCGCGAGUGCCCCAACGUUUAUCCCUGGCUAGGCGAUGCCGGCGGUACGGGCAUCUCGGGGCGUGACAACUACAACUUCCCCGUCAACAAAAACGAACCGGCAGAAGAAGAUGAGGCUGAGCAAAGAAAGUAGAGCCUUUUGUCAGCGCAUUUCUCUAAGAUGAUGCCUUCUCCGCCAGCUAUCUAUUCCCACUAUUUCUAUAUAGUCCACAUGUUCAUUAUCUGUUCCAAACUCUCAUUAAUUUCGUGCACAAAUGCACGUCACGAUGAUGCAAUAAUGAGCAAUUCU